AUGAAGACCCUCUCCAGCAUCGCCCUCCUCUUCCUGAGCGCCGCGCCACUGGCAACCGCUCACGCCAUCUUCAGCGACAUCUGGGUGGACGGCGUGGACCAGAACCGGGCGUGCCUGCGCCCGGUGCCCAGCAACUCGCCGGUAGAGUCCGUCACGUCCAACGACCUCCGAUGCAACGUCGGCGGGACUCGGGGCGUGUCGGGCAUCUGCGAGGCCAAGGCGGGCGGGUCCAUCACGGUCGAGAUGCACCAGCAGCCAAACGACCGCAGCUGCGCCAAUGAGGCCAUCGGCGGCAACCACUUUGGUCCCGUCAUGGUGUACAUGAGCAAGGUCAACGACGCGACCAGCGCGGACGGCUCGUCCCCUUGGUUCAAGGUCGACGAGUUUGGAUACGACGCCGGGACCAAGACCUGGGGUACCGAUCUGUUGAACAAGGAGUGCGGCAAGAGGACGUUCAAGGUCCCGAGCAACAUCCCCGCGGGUAACUAUCUCGUGAGAGCCGAGGCCAUUGCGCUUCACACCGCGUCCCAGACGGGCGGGGCGCAGUUUUACAUGAGCUGCUUUCAAGUCAACAUCGCCGGAAGCGGCGGCGGCCAACUGCCUGCCGGAGUGUCGAUCCCCGAGGCUUACAAUGCAAACGACCCGGGUAUCAAGGUCAAUAUCUGGGACAGUGGAUUCACCCAAUACAAGAUUCCGGGACCUGCUGUAAUUGACAGAAGCUUCAUGUGA